AUGGAGCUCCUUUCGUUUUGUCUCUCCCACACGAUUUGUUGGUUGUUCAUAGUUUCUUGCCUCGCAAGAAGCAUUCUCCGUACUAAUGGACUACCAUGGAGAAGAGCAACCAAGAACAAGAAGAAGAAGAUUCCAGAAGAAGAAAACAGAAUGUCACUCCUGGAUUUGCCUGACUUAACACUAGACUGCAUCUUAGAGAAGCUCUCUCCAUCCGAGCUAUGUGCAAUGACUAGCGUUUGCUCCGAGCUUAAGGACAAAUGCGUGAGCGAUCAUCUAUGGGAGAAACACAUGGAGAAGAAAUGGGGAAGGUUAAUGGGCGAUGCGGCGGUUAAAGAGUGGAAAUCUCAUGUCGACACGUUAAUGCUGUGUCUCGGAGAUUCGAGUCGAAGUAGUUUUAGUAACACGAAAUGGAUGAGGUCGAGGAUUGUUGCGAAUCUUAAACCGUUCUCAUGGUUAAGCAGAAACCACGGCUGUGACUACAGGAGAGGCUCGCAAGUAGCUAUUGAUUCUGUCAUGUAUUGGUACUCGAAUCUCGAGAACGGCAAGUUUUGGUUUCCUGCUCAGGUCUACAAUCGCGAGAACGGACAUGUUGGAUUCAUGAUGUCGUGUUACGAUGCUAAAGUCAGAUAUGAUUGCAAAUCUGAUACAUUUCAAGCAAGAUACUCGGCGCAUGGCCGGCGAGCGGCGGAGGAGAAGGUGGCGUGGCAGAGGCUGAGACCGUCUCGAAUCGACACAAUGUCACGUGAUCUUCACGUGUCCGACUGUUUGCAGGGGCUUCGUCCCGGCGACCAUUUCGAGAUCCAAUGGAGAAGAACCAAGGAGUUUCCUUACGGGUGGUGGUACGGAAUCGUGGGUCAUCUGCAAAACUGCGACGGAGAAGAGAAUUGUAGUUGCCACGCAGACGAGAAUGUGGUGAUGGAAUUCAGACAAUUCAGACCGGAGUCGCCGUGGAGAGCGACGGUGAUAAACCGGAAGAAUCACCGUGAGACGGGGAAUGAAACCGACGGUUUCUACGGCGGGGUAAAGAAAUUGGGUACGGAGGAAGAGAUUACCACGUGGAAGCGAUUGUGGCCUGCCCAAGUUUUGGAAUAG